AUGGCUGAAGAGGAGCCGACCAGCUGGAAGGACGAGCAGGCGCUGGAGGAGGCGCCCGCGCCAGAAGCUUCGGCUGCUUUUGCGGAAGAAGAAGGCGAGCAAGAGUGGCACGGAGAAGGUGACGUCCCAAAGCCAGACGAGGAUGUCGGAGAUCAGGAAGAGGAAGGGGAGCUGAUGGAGGAUAUCCCCGGGGCAGCAACCGAGGAGGGCCUCACAGCGGAGGAUGCAGAUGCGACCGCAGCCCAAGGAGAGGGUGUGGCGGAAGCAAAGGCGGCCGACGAGGUGAUGGAGGAGGAGAAAGAGGAUGGUAGUAGUGCCUGGUGGGCCGCGGAGAAACCCACCGAGGCAGAUGCCGAGGCCGAGCCGGAGGCAUCUGCAGCUGCAUCCGAUGAUCCAGCUGCACGAGUUGAGAUAGAUGUUGGCUGGGAAACUACUGCCUGGCUAUUGGAGGAGGAUGGCCGGCGCUUGCGGAAGCUUGAGCGCCUGGCCGGGGGAGAGGCCGAGGCAACCGAAGAGGGCCAGCUCAAGGUGACGCCUUCCUCUGCCGAGCCACCUCCUGGAGGCUGCGGCACCGGCCACAGCUGGUGCGAGAUUAUCGCGCGGGCUUUGUGCGCCAUGCGCACCGGCGAGGAUGUCGAGCUGCCUGCUACCGUCGCAGAUUUUGCUUCGUCUAUGGAGUUCGGAGACGGGCUGGGCAUCAUGAUUCUGGAGGUCCCUGCCGCUGUCUCCAAGAAACCAAUCAGUGGAAAGGAUGGCGCCAAGCUUCUCGAGCUGUGUGACACCCAGGAUGUCGUUGCGGUCUUCACGACUGCCAAAGAGGCCGCCAGCGGCGGCGGAGAGGCAACCGGAUUCGCCGAAGGCGACACCGUCGAGGCGAAGUACGGUAGCAGCUGGGCCUCGGCUGUCGUCCUGGAGGCCGCGGAGCCAGGUGCCAAAGUGAAGAUAAAGUGGGAUUAUGACAAAACCGAGGCAGAGCUGGAGAGUUGGGACGUGCAGAAAAAAGAGUCGGCGCAAGACGCACAAGAAGUCGUGGAAUUCAGUGCCGGAGACAAGGUCGAGGCCAAGUACGGCAGCAGCUUCUACGACGCCGAAGUCCUGUCCAUGUCCAUGGAGGAUGGCAAAGUGAAGCUCAAGUGGGGCCAUGAUGGCUCCGAAGCGGAACUGGAUGCUUCUGAAGUCAAGCUCAAGCCGGACUCCCAGGAGAAAGAGGCCGCGCCCCCUGCAGAGCUCAAGGAAGGAGACAAGGUAGAAGCAAAGUACGGUGACAGCUUCCACGAUGCGGAGGUGGUGACGCCAGAGACCGAGGACGGGAAGGUCAAAGUGAAGUGGGGCUUCGACGGCAGCGAAGCAGAAGUCGACCCGGCCGAGGUCAAAUUGAAGCCUGAGGCUCCCCCAGAGCCGCCGGAGAAGCUGCUUGUGAUCGGGUUUCUCCGGCCGCGGCUCGAGGUGGAGCUGCGAACGAUGAACCGGAUCGAGUCUAAGGCUCCCGGCCAUUGCCUGACGAACCCCCGCGCCUCCGACGACGGCCCUGGCGUCGGUAUCGGUAUCAUGGAGCUGACACCGUCGGACGGCUCCAUGGCCAAGCUCAUUGGCAAAGGCGGUGCGAUGAAGAUGAAGAUCGCCAGCAUCUCCGGAUGCAGCUUCGAAUACAUGGCCAAGGAGACGUGGGGCCUGAAGGGGCUUAGCAUUGCAGCCAUGGCCAACUUGCCAGCGGAUGUCUUGGCCGAGCUGAAGGAGACUGCUACCAAGCUGUGCGCGCCGGGCAAGGGGUUCUUGGCCGCCGACGAGUCAGCCGGACCAUGGCUCCGUGCCGGCCACGCAGAAGCGGCAAAGAUCCCGGAUGUCAUUGAGAACAGGGCCGCCUACCGCUCCAUGUGCUUCUCCACCCCUGGACUCAGCGAGUACAUCAGUGGCGUCAUCCUCCACUGGGAGACCCUUUUCCAGGACGAUGCCACUGGCAAGCCAAUGGUGGACAUCAUCACCGGCAACGGCAUGAUCCCCGGCAUCAAGGUGGACAAGGCCUACGACAAGAAGGGCAUGUGGGGCACGGAUGUUGGGCCGUUGGGACAUCCAGAGGUUUCCACGAAAGGCUUGGAUGACCUGCAGGAACGUUGCGCUCAGGCCUACAAGAAAGGGGCCCGCUUCGCCAAAUGGCGCAAUGUGCUCCAGCUUGAUCCCAAGAAAGGCUUGCCGAGCGACCUGGCCAUCAUGGACACCGUUCACACGCUGGCACGUUAUGCGUCCAUCUGCCAGAGUGAGCGCUUGGUGCCCAUCGUGGAGCCCGAGAUCGUGCCCAACGGAGACCACGACAUUGACUACUGUUGCCAGAUGACGGAGAAGGUGUUGUCGGCCCAGUUCAAAGCCCUGGCGGACCACCACAUCUACUUGGAGGGCGCCGUGUUGAAGCCUAACAUGGUCAAGAACGGUCUCAAGGGAACCAAGGCGAGUGCCGAGACGAUUGCCAAACUCACGGUGCAGACGCUCUUGCGCACGGUGCCGGUGGCCAUGCCAGGCAUUUUCUUCCUCUCCGGUGAGACGGCCCUGAACGAGGACAACGAGGAGGAGGCUACAAUCAACCUCAGCACCAUGCACAAGCUCUACCCGAACCUUCCGUGGCAUCUCUCCUUCUCCUACGGCAAGGCACUGCAGAAGACAUGCAUCGUCACCUGGUUGGGCAAGCCGGAGAACAAGGAGGCCGCCCAGAAGGCGCUCAAAGCACGCUCCAACGCGAACUAUGAUGCUGUCUUCGGGAAGUAUGUGAAGGGCUCCUGCGCCAGCGUGGGCACGGACGGUAAUGUGCUGCAGGCAGCCGGACCGUACUAA